AUGGCUUCUUCCAAUUCCUCAGUGACCGCUUUCGGCGGUUUCCAUCCUUUCGGCGGUUUGCAGCCGAUCCCGGACGUGAAGAACAACAUGCAUGUACAGGAGCUGGGUAAGUUUGCGGUGGCUGAAUUCAACAAGAAGCACCAAGAAGCAGCAGCCCUAGUGUUCGUAGAGGUGGUGGAGGCUCAGAGCCAGGUGGUGGCCGGAACCAACUACAGACUGCAUAUCGAGACCCUCAAAGCAGGGUGUGUCAGGCACUACAAGGCUCUUGUGUAUGAGAAGACAUGGGAGAACGUCAAGACCCUGACAUCGUUUGAGCCUGUUUUCCCUUGA